UGCACUUCCCUGCGCCACCGCGCAGAGCUCAGCUCAUUCCUAGUUUUUCUCUCAUCCUGAUCACAGCUCCCAACAUUCAGCAUGGACUUGAGGAGCCUUACUCUGCUAACCUUCCUACUGGGGACACUCUGUUUCUCUGAAGAGAAGCCGGUCAGCUUGAGUUACCGAUGUCCCUGCAGAUACUUUGAAAGCAAUGUGGCUAAAAGCAGCAUCAAGCACAUGAAGAUCCUCUCCACCCAAACCUGUUCUCUACAGAUUGUGGCACGCCUGAAGCACAAUGGCAAACAAGUUUGCUUGGACCCAAAGAUGAAAUGGAUUCAGGAAUACCUGGAGAAAGCUUUGAACAAGAAAGUGAAGACCUAAGCCCUCUACUUAACAGCUGGCUCAGAUGUCCCUGUGUGUUCCUGAGACUCCAGCUCUGACUUCCUUCAGCUCCACAAGCUUCCAACUGCACAUAGUACUCCAGAUCGUAUCAUCCUCCUGUAUACAUAAAGGGAGACACAUGAUGCUUUUCAUGCCUGCACUGGUGGCAGAAUGGACGGCAGCACUGAUUUAUGAACUUUUCAAGUCGAUUUUCUGCUCACCUUUUUUCAUUUUUUUUUUAAAUCAUUGGUUGUUCACAGAUGGCACUUAAAGCUCUGCAUGGGUGUUUCCUUAUGAGACUGAUUGGUAGGGACAGGAAGGGUGGGUUUAACGUUGUCAAAUGAGAGCAUCAACAUUAUGCCAGUGCAGGCUAAGGGUGCACAUGACCAACUAUACUGCAUUAUUCCUAGUCAUGUUUAACCCUCUUGCUGCCAGGAAGAACAGUAGUGAAAAAGUUCAGGUGCACACUUGCACAAACCUUACUAAAAAAAAGUAUUAAGGCACCAAAGAGUAUUGUUACCUUUAAGAUAUUUUAUUCAUUUAUGUUACUUGUCCAGUUAAUAUUGUAGUCAUUUAAUUACCAGGGUAUGUAGAGGGUAGUUCUGGAUUAGCCAUUGGUCAUAAGCAGCAAAUAUUUUUGUGCUAAGAAAAUGAUAGACGUGUGUUGAAAUAAUACCUUCAUGAGGCUGGUGAGGUAGCUCAGUUGGUAAAUGACCUGACUACAAAAAAAGCCUGUUUAAAAGAUCCAAAGGCACAGGUUCAAAUCCUGGCAGGGCCAACUCAGCCCUUCAUUCUUCUGAGGUCGAUAAAAUGAGUACCAUUAAAUUGGGUAAUAAUAACAACUAUUCAGUUGCUGAUUUGGUUAAUUCCGAGAGUGAGCGCUGAAAAAGCACUUUGAGUCCCACUGGGAGAAAUGUGCUGUAUAAAUGCUAGUUAUUAUAAUGAUAGAUAUACAGUAUUUAAAAGGACAUUGCACUCCACCUUAAAAGAGUUCCUCCUUGUUGUACAAGUUGCAUAGUGUUAAAUGCUUUGGAAUCUGUUCCUUAAGACUUAUUCUUGCAAUUGAAAUAGGUGGUUUGGCAACUGAAACCACAAAUCAUAAUGCAAAUUGCAGUACCUAAGUAUUGGAUUUGUAUAUAGUGAGAUAACAUAAGGAGGGUUACUGUUCCUGCAAGCUCAGACCAUUUUAAUGGGUAUGUUCUUGAGAAAAAUAGGCUGUGGUUUUAAUGAGCAAAACCAGCUAUUUCAACUACAAAACAUAAAUGUACACAAGUAGUUUCUCAUACAUUUAAUACUCUGUGUCUGGCAUAUGAAGUUGUUAGUUGAAACAUGUUUAGGUGAAACGUUUAUACACUGUCACACCAACAGGGUAAAUAGAUCACUCAGGUAUUGGGUUAACAUCAAGUAAUAAUAUAGAAUAUAGCUUCCACAGACACUUAGACUACCGAAGACCUUGAAAACAAAUUUUAUGUAAACAAUUUAAAGGCACCAUAACAUAAAUAAACAGGAAGCAGCAAUACAUGCCCCCAUAAGUGGAGUUAGGUGCAUUUUGUUAUUCUAUACAUAAUCAUUGACUUCACAUAAUAUCACUUUUGUCAUCUACUUGAUAAUAGCCCAGUAAAUUAAAGGGAUAUUGGAGUAAUGCAUAUAUCAAAUUGAAUGUGCAUAUAAACAUUUUUAUUUUUUUAAAUUGUAUACACAUCUAUUUGUAAAAUUUCCCAUAGAAUUUACUACUCCUAAAGUUGACCCACAUACAAUUAGGCUGUUUUCAUCCUGGUUGGUACAGUUUGCGACUGGUUCUAUUACACGACUGGGAAAAUAGGAAAAAUAUACUCAGUGUGUUAGCAGAUAGAUUAUAAGAUUGAUAGAUAUUAUGAAAUAUUUUGCAAAAAAAUGCAUGUUAAAAAAUUAAAUCAGUAUUAAAGUGUAGGUGCAAUUUGUUAUAUGCAUACAAUGAAUCUCUAAAUAUCCUAUGGAGAAGUAACAAGUGUGCUCAGCAGCUCCUCCAGCAGAUUAUGGGUUAAAGAUGGAUUUCAACUACGGCUGCCAGACAGCUCAAUAAAACAUAAUCUUUCUGACUCCCUAAUAUAGGUUUCCUUCUGGAGAUAAAAAAGUUUAUAUUCUUUUUGGCUGGGUCUAAGUGAAAAUCCCUAUUUCUUAACAGCAGUGAUAAGUCGGGGGGGGGGGGAGGAAGAGAGAAUUAAUGUGUAACAUUUAUCUUCAGAGCAAAUUGGAGAAAUGCAAGAGAUAUUAAAGGAAAUUAAAUUAAGCACUGCAAUGCAAAAAAAUAAAACUUGCAUAAAAAAUAAAUGUUUCAAAAGCAAUUUGCAGAUGUUGCAGGGUCCUGCAAAACAGGAGCAGUACAGGGACGCUUCCUUUAAAAGCUGUCAAAGUAUGUUUUUAUCAUAUCUUCUUUGCCUGUUGUAAAAUUGGGUCAGAUGUAAAUGAGCUUCUGCAUCAGUUUAAAGGGACACUGUACCCAAUUUUUUUCUUUUGUAAUUCAGAAAGAGCAUGCAAUUUUAAGCAACUUUCUAAUUUACUCCUAUUAUCAAUUUUUCUUCGUUCUCUUGCUAUCAUUAUUUGAAAAAGAAGGCAUCUAAGCUUUUUUUUGGUUUCAGUACUCUGGACAGCACUUUUUUAUUGGUGGAUGAAUUUAUCCACCAAUCAGCAAGGACAACCCAGGUUGUUCACCAAAAAUGGGCCGGCAUCUAAACUUACAUUCUUGCAUUUCAAAUAAAGAUACCAAGAGAAUGAAGAAAAUUUGAUAAUAGGAGUAAAUUAGAAAGUUGCUUAAAAUUUCAUGCUCAAUCUGAAUCACGAAAGAAAAUUUUUGGGUACAGUGUCCCUUUAAGCUGUGUAGCAUGUUGCUGGGUCACCCCUGGAUCAUACUUAAGUACAUAUUAUACACCCCAGUCUUUGUGGAGGGAGUGCAACUUGUACAAUUUUCAGAAGUGAUUUAUAGCAAAAGCAAUCAGAGUAAAUGAUGAGUGUAUUGAAUAUUGUAUAUUGCAUUUUUUUUUUGUAUCUUUUACAGUUUUAUAGGAAAUUCCAUUUUGAGUUUAAUGUUCCUUUUUCUAGUAAAAUGAAUUUUAGAUGAACUGCAUUCAUCAAAUGACCAAUGAUUCUGUAAUGGUAUAAAUAAGUGAAAGCACAAACUGUAAAUCUACUUACAUAGUUUAAUACACACUUCCAAAAAAUGAUCUUGGAAAAGAUGCAUUUAUUGUUUUUUUUGUUUUUAAUUAAAGGGACUUGAAACCCCAAAUGUUUCUUUUGUGAUUCAGAUAGAGCAGGCACUUUCUAAUUUACUUCUAUUAUCAAGCUGUCUUCGUUCUCUUGGUAUCUCUUGUUGAAAAGCAGGAAAGUAAGUUUAUGAACAUGCAUGUCUAUAGAGCACUAUAUGGCAGCAGAAUUGAAAAGAAUGUUAUCCCUUUGCAAGAGCACUAGAUGGCAGCACUAUUUCCUGCCAUAUAGUGCUCCAAAUGCUACCUAGGUAUCUCUCUUCAACAAAGAAUAUCAUGGGAACAAAGCAUAUUUGAUAACAGAAGUGAAUUUGAAACUUGUCUAUUAUUGCAUGCUCUAUCUGAAGCACAAAAUAGUUUUGUUUUGAUGGGGGGGCGGGUUUAUAUCCCUUUAAAAGUACAGCUUAAAGGGCCAUUAUACACUCAUUUUUUCUUUGCAUAAAUGUUUUGUAGACAAUCUAUUUAUAUAGCCCAUACAGUUGUUUUUUUUAAAAAAUGUAUAGUUUUGCUUAUUUUUAAAGAACAUUGCUCUGAUUUUCAGACUCCUAACCAAGCCCCAAAGUUUUAUUUGAAUACCGUCAGCUACCUACUCCAGCUUGCUCCUGUUUGUGUAAAGGGUCUUUUCAUAUGCAAAAGAAGGGGGAGGGGGGGGGAGUGUCUUAUUUGCCACUUGCAGUGGGCUUUCCAGCUACCUUUUCAACAGAGCUAAACUGAAAGCUUCUAAGUAAGUUUUUAAACCAUUUUAUACUGGAUUUUUAUAUCAGUAUCUGUGCAUCUUAUUCUUUAUAGUAGUGUCUAUUACAUGCAGUUAUAUGAAAAUGAGUGUAUACUGUCCCUUUAAGAAAAUAAGUAAGGGAUUUUUUUAAAAUUUUGUUUAAAAAAUGAUUAUAAAAAAAUAACAAUAGUUAUAAAAAUAAUUAGAAAUGCACUAAUACAGGAUUUUUUCCAAAUGGUGAAGUAUCUGUGCCAAAAAGGAUUGGUUUUAUGUUCUUUUUUUAUGUUACCCAGGAUAACUGGAAAGAGUUAUAAGAGAAGAAGCAAUAGGGCCAAUUACUUUUCUAUGCAAACCAGCUUAGAAAUUAGACUGCACAAGCUUAUUCAGAAAUGUAGUUUUCUGCAAUUCUCCCCUCUUCCUUGUUUACUCCGGACUUUUCCUCUCUGUUUCUAAGUCCUAUCUGUCUGCCGUCUCUCUCCCCCCGUCUCUUUAUGUAUAUACAGUAUCAGAGCUUGUAUAUACACACAUGUUUAUGUCUUUGCUAUUGGCUUUGUUCCACCCACAUUACACAAUGAUGUUAUCCUGCUGAAAUCAAUGCCAGGUUGAGAAUAUUCGAGCCAAAUCUGCCUAUCCCUUUUCUUAAUAGGCAAUGUAAGUCACAAAUAGGGGUCAUAUUAGGAAGAGAAAGAAGCUUAAUGGCAAACUUAAAUAGACCUUCAAAGAUUUUGCAUUGCAGAAAAAAAAAAAACUUAAAAUCUCUUUUCUUAGGUCUUUCAGCUGCAAAGCAGCAUUCAGCAACACAUUUAUUUUAAACAAAGAGAGAAAUUUCAAGUGGUUGCAGCUGAAUUUAAAAUGGGUAAAGUAGCUGAAUAUAUUAAAAAGAUAUUUCCCCAUAUUGCAUAAUUAAAGGGAAAUUCUAAAGUUAAAAUAUGAUGUCCUGUUUUAUUGACGUAUCUUAUUUUUAAGAUAAAUUAAUCUCUUACUAUUUUUAACCAAAGUAAGAGGUAAAAGUCCCACAGCUACUCUAAAUAAGGAUACAUUUGGUGAGCCAAUCUGAAGCAGGCAUAUGUGCGUAUGCUCCAAUUACUGACUUAUGCAAUGCCUUUGAGGUGUUGUGGGGAUGUGACUGACUAUGAGUUUUUUGUCUAUAUAUUGAUCUAGGAAAAGAGAGCAAUUUUUAAUUAUAAAGUCAAUUUUAGUACUUUAUAGAGUAAUCAUACCCAGCCAAUAGCUGGAGACCCAUUACAAUUUGAAAAAUACAUAAGUCUCUACAGAACAUCAUUUUGAAAGGCCCAGCAGUACCAGAACCAUGACCUGUCUUUAACCCAUAGUUUGCUUGGGGGCUUGUAAGAUAAAUACUGUAAUACAUAAUAAAAGUACAUUAGAUAUAUGGUCGAAACCAUUAUUCUGUCAAAUGCAUGUGACUUAUCUAGCUGAAUCACUGCAGGGGGUGAGUUAAGCUCUUUGUAUCCCUGGGGACUGGCUCCUGAACUGUUCGUCUACCUGUCUGUCUCAGAACCCCACUAAGUGCUCUACACAUCUCCUUAUUAGUUUUCUGUAUAUACAAAACAAUGAUUAGGUUUUUAUAACUAACACAAAAGCUUACACUAAUUAUAAUCUGCUAGUGCUACAAGCUAGCUGCACAGAGGCAUUCACCCUGGGCUACAUUACAAAAUGAGUGCAACCUUUAGAUCCAUAUGAGCUGCAAGCUGCUUACAGCAUUUGAUAGAAAACAGCAAUAACAGGACUCUCUGACACUGAUAAAAUCCCAGUGUUUGAAGCAAAUUAUAAUUAAAAUGAAAAUGUUCUCUUUGGAACUUUACUUAUUUUUUCAUUAUAGUCUUGAAUAUACUUGUUGUCCUCAGUUAAAAUGUAUUGUUUGUAGGCCAAGACAACCAUAAUGGCACUGAACUUGCAAGAGAUGCGUGUGGAACAAAAAAGAUUUUAUGAAUGUUAAAAAAACACAGAGAACAUUUCAAACAUGCACAGAGAUCUAUCUAUCUAUCUAUCUAUCUAUCUAUCUAUCGAUGUAUCUAUCUAUCUAUCUAUCUGUCAUCUAUCUAUGUAUCUAUCAUCUACCUAUCUGUCUGUCUGUCUAUCUAUCUAUCUAUCUAUCUAUCUAUCUAUCUAUCUAUCUAUCUAUCUACCAUCUAUAAAUCUGUCUGUCUAUCUUAUCUUUUAUAUCUAUUCUUUCUGUCCGUCCGUCCAUCUAUCUAACGCUGCCUGUGUGUCUGUAUAUGCACAUUUAUUAAUGUGCGUAUCCUUAUAUGCAUAUGCAAAACUGAAAGUCCUCUUUAACAUUGUUUAUCCCUGUUUAUAUCAAGCAAUCAAUGUGCCGCAUGAAGGAGGGUCAGGAAUUCCACAAAAUGCUCUCCAGCUUCUCUGGGAACAGUGCUUUUUUUAAAUUAUUGACAAACAAAACCAGUGAAAGCAAAUUGCAACCAUUAUUUAAAUCUGUAUAAUUAGCCAUUUUUAUGAAGAAAAGUACAAACCAAUCUCUAAAUAUCCCAGUAUAAACCUCAGUAUAUAAAGAUGACUCUGUGUUUAUCAUAACAACAAAAUAUCUAUCUAUCUAUCUAUCUAUCUAUCUAUCUAUCUAUCUAUCUAUCAUCUGUGUAUGUCUGUCUGCUAUCUUGAUCUGUUUGUCUGUCAAUCUCUCUAUCUAUACUUGCUUGGUAAUGUCGAUCUCCUCAUAUGUACAUGCAGACCAAUGUAUAUAAAUGCACAUAUGCAAAGCAUUCAAUUAAAGUAACAGAUUGUGUUUUGUUUAAAGCAUUCCUACAUCUGCAACUGUGAAUUUUCUGUAUUUUAUAAAUAGACUGCGGACAGCUAAGUUUUGCUAACUUUUAUGGGCAUAAAUGGUAGAGGUUAUUAUUUGUGAGGGUUUAAAUCAAGUUAUACUUCUUGAUUAAAAAAACAUUAAUCAAUGCUCAUUUUUUAUCAAAACCACACAUUAGCGAUAAACAUAGAUGACUUGUACAAAUUAUGCUCUCUCUAUAUGAUAAAUACUUACAUGUGGAUAAAUAAAUACAAAACUUAAGGUUGUUCAUCAUUUAUCAUUUCCAAUUUGCAUUUCUCAGCACAGAUUAGAAUAAAUAUAUGAAAAUUCAUAUUUUGGGUGUUUUUGGGGCAGGGCAAAACAUUUUUUCUGCAUAUCCACUACUACAUAAAACUUUUUAUAUGCAGGCAGACAGGUAGAUAUUGUUUAGCAUAUACAAAUCAAAUAUAUUACAUUAUCAGGAUCACAUUCAUCCAGUGCUAAAGGAGUUAAUUGUGUGUGUUAUUUCUUUUCUUCUUUACAAUAGAUUUCCCAGAUAAUGUGAAAAGUAAAUCUUGGUAAUAUGAAGGCAGCUCCCAUCUGUACACAUCUGUUCUGCAUUUUUUAAAAUAAUUUUUAAGUCUUUUCUGUAUAUUCACUUUUUUUAUACAAAAAUUAUAUAUUUUUGAUGAUUUGUAUCUGCCUAUGCACUUAUACAUGAGAAAUAUCUACAUGCCAAAUAAAGCAGCGUUUUGUUAA